AUGCCACUGGAGCGUCUCCCUCCCAUUGCUCACCUCCACUCGUAUUCGGACCUGGCCCAGACCGAGGUGCUCGACCUGCUGUUUGAGCCCAGUCCCGCCAUCCACGCCACUCUCCUGCCAGUAAUACGGACGGCCGUCUACAGCUCAUACCCCGACUUGAUAGACGUGUGCCAGAUCAGGCUCCUCUCGCUCGCCGCAAAGUCUGCCGAGACAGAGCCGCAUCCCGUGCUCCUGUCCGUCCUGGGAUCUCACCCGCGCCUGGGAGAAAAGAACAUUGAGUCGGCGCAGUCUGUGGCUGAACAGGCGAACCUUCAGGGAGAAUCCGAGGAACUCGCCGCGCUGAACAAAGAGUACGAAGAGGCGUUCCCGGGGCUCAGAUAUGUCGUCUUCGUCAACGGUCGAGGGCGGCCCGAGAUUAUGCAGGACAUGAGGGCGCGGAUCGAGCAAAGCAACUAUUCCCAAGAGGUCGACGCUGCAUUACAGGCCAUGUGCGACAUUGCAAAGAGCAGGGCUUCCAAGCUCCCUGAAGACACUAACCGCAAGCAGUCCAACGGCAACUGA